UACAUUUACUAUUGUUAGUCACAGUAUCACAAAUAAUAUCGAGAAUUUAAUAAGAGUAGUUUUAUUACCAAAAAAGUUUGUAAUAAAUAAGACUGACUAAAGUUCUUUGUGUUUUUUUAAAUGUAUCAAUUUAGACUUUAACUAUAAAAAUGACGUAGUAUAAUUACUAAAUGCCGUUAUUCAAACAAAAAGUUUCAUCUAGAGCACCUGAAAUGGAAAAAUCAAACAAUGUAACCGGUCAAAUUGAACCCAAUAUAAAUGUUGACAAUGAAAAUUUAGAUAUUGAGCAACAACCAUUGGUAUUUCAUUGUCAAAUGGCUCACGGUAGUUCUACGAGUUUAAUUUCUGGUUUUAGUAAUGUACGUGAGCUUUAUCAAAAAAUUGGUGAAUGCUAUGAUAUACCUUCAGAAGAAAUUUUAUUUUGUACAUUAAAUACACAUAAAGCCGAAAUGUCACAACUUUUAGGUGGACAAAUUGGUCUAGACGAUUUUAUAUUUGCUCAUCGAAAAGGUCAGACAAAAGAAAUUGAAUUAGUAAAGACCGAUAAUGCACUGGGUCUUACUAUUACAGAUAACGGCGCUGGAUAUGCAUUUAUUAAACGAAUAAAAGAGGGUUCCAUUAUUGAUAAAGUUAAAGUUAUUGAAAUUGGUGAUCAUAUUGAAAAAAUAAAUUCCACUAAUUUAGUCGGUAAACGUCAUUUUGAAGUUGCUAAAAUGUUGAAAGAAAUUCCAAAAGGCUCAUUAUUUACAUUAAGAUUAGUUGAACCUUUGAAAAGUGCUUUUGGUGGUAUUGGACCACGAGGAGAUUCUAGAAAAAGUAAAAAACUAAGUUGCACGGGAAAGGAAACUUUGAGAUUUAAGGCUGAUGGUAGUGUUCAAAUAGAAAAAAUAAAAGAUGAAGACAUCAUGACGCUUGGUGUUGAAAAAAUAAAUAUAAUUUUAGAGAGCUUUAUGGGUAUAAAUGAUACAGAACUAGCUACUCGAAUUUGGGAAUUGUCGGAAAAAAAACGCAAUAGCAUGGAAUUUGCAGAGGCUAUUGAUAAUUCAGAUUUAGAAGCUUUUGGUUUUACGGAUGAUUUUGUCAUUGAAUUAUGGGGAACCGUAACCGACAUAAGAUCAAACAGACAUAUAUGAUUAUAAUUAUAUUUAAAAAGGAAAAAAAAGGUAUUAUAAAUACAAAUGUAUAAUACAUUUGGAUAACAAUAACUCUGUAAAGUUGUAAAAAAAAAAACAGAAUGAAAAAAAAAAUUAAUAUAAAAAUUUUUAUAUUAAGGUAGAGAAAUAUUUAAAGAAAAUGAAUUUUCUAAUUUUUAUUGUUAUAAACAGUAUAAAUAUUUUAUAUAUUUAGAUUUUAUGUAAUUUUUAAACGCAGGUAAAAUUAAAGAAUUUUAUUGUAAAAAAA